AUGAAGGAUGCAUGGAUUGAUGGCCCAUUAUCAUGGCCAACAAUCAGCUUAUGCCUCCCGCUCGCUUUGUUCCACUUCUCUGUUACUGCAUUGGUUGGUUUCAUAUCAAAUGCAUCUGGGUACUCAGCAUCGAAACAUGUUCCUCUUUGGGAACUUAUUUGGUUCUCACUUGUAGCCAAUGCCUCGAUUACGGGGAUGAACUUGAGUCUCAUGCUUAACUCUGUCGGCUUUUAUCAGAUAUCAAAGUUGAGCAUGAUUCCGGUGGUCUCUGAUUUCUCAAGGGAAGUCAAGAUUGCUGUGGCAGUGGUGAUAAUAGGUGUGGGCAUAUGUACCGUCACCGAUGUUAGAGUUAAUGCCAAAGGUUUUCUCUGUGCUUUUGUGGCCAUCUUGUGUACAUCAUUACAACAAAUUUCAAUAGGUUCAUUACAGAAGUCAGAAGAUGAGAAGAAAUACUCGGUAGGCUCUUUUGAAUUGCUCAGAAAGACAGCUCCAAUUCAAGCUAUCUCCCUUCUCAUUCUUGGUCCAUUUGUUGUCUACUUUCUUACUGGAAAACUUUUAACAGAUUACAAGAUGACGUCUGGUGCAUUUGCAUUCAUAAUGCUCUCUUGCUCCCUAGCAGUAUUCUGCAACAUCAGUCGGUACCUCUGCAUCGGUAGAUUCUCAGCCGUGUCAUUCCAGGUUUUAUUCAUUUUAGGCCACAUGAAGACUGUCUGUGUCUUGACAUUGGGGUGGCUUCUCUUUGAUUCAGCGCUCACAUUUAAGAACUUGAUGGGAAUGGCUCUUGCAGUUGUCGGCAUUAUAGUUUACAGUUGGGUUGGAGGCUGAGAAGCAAACUAGGACGUCCCUGCUAAGCACUCACAAAAGAU